AUGGAUCAGUACGAUGGAGUUGAGCAGAGCAGAUUACAGCAAAGGAGGGCUGAGCAGAUAAAGGUGGUGAAAGGUCAUGCAGCUGUUAGGAAGGCUGGGAGGAGCGAUGGUGGGGUGGAAACGGCGGGUGGGAUUGGCAAGGAGGAGUGGGCGGGAAGGGUGGUCGACGUGGAACGGGGACCGCUGGGCUUUGAGCCCGACUUCUUGUACCCCCUGGAGAACGUUACCAUCGCGCAGGGCCGAGACGCCAUGUUCACGUGCGUCGUGAACAACCUGGGAGGAUACAGGCUCAUGCCUUUUGGGGUUCACAUCGACAUUUCACUUCUUGUGUAG